CUCAGGAUAUUUGGCUUAGGAAAUUGUCUCAGGAUAUUUGGCUUAGGAAAUUAUCUCAGGAUAUUUGGCUUAGAAUAUUGUCUCAGGAUAUUUGGCUUAGGAAAUUGUCUUAGGAUAUUUGGCUUAGGAAAUUGUCUUAGGAUAUUUGGCUUAGGAAAUUGUCUCAGGUCAUUUGGCUUAGGAAAUUGUCUCAGGAUAUGA